UUAUCUUUCACCCAAACGUUCGGCUUGCUCGGACUUCCACUAGUCAGGAUGAUCUCUGUAUCCGUCGCCUGGACUGCGUGGCUGGUCAUACUGACCGUCGCGCCCAACCAAACUGCGAACUUCUUGAUGGGGACCACGGAGCUGGACGACGGUAACUUCUGGCUGAUCAUUGACCCGGAGCCCAUCUUCAUGGUCGUCAGCACUCUGUGUCUGGGGGUUCUGUUGGUAAGCUACGCCAAUGUUUUGCUCAAGAUGACGGUGCAGAGGAACGCC